AUGAAUGAACCCGAUGGCGACCGUUCAAGAGUGCGCGAUGUUCAAGAAGGCGAAGUGCGCCGAAAUAUUAUUGAUCAAGAACGAAAAAAUGAUCCAACGAAACGAAUAAUAACUUUUACUUUGAAUAGCGAUGGUAUUGUUCUGAAGAAAUUCAGUCGCUCGGUCUGGAUUUCCUGUAUGGUUAUCAACGAACUGCCACGCAGUGUUAGAUAUGAUAGUAAUAAUAUUAUACUUUGUUCUGUAACUAUGGGAGGUACCAAACCGAAAAAACAACAUUUUCAAAGCAUCAUCGUUGAUUGGGUACAAGAAUUGCGCCAGCUGGAAUUCGGUUUCUACAUUUCUCCUCCAAACUUCAAUGGUAACUUCACUAAGGUACACGCGUAUCUCAUUGCUGCGACACUGGACAAACCCGCUCAAGCACUUUUGCUAAAUUUAAAUGAACCUACGGGUUAUUACAGUUGUGUCAAAUGCACAAUUCAAGGUAAAACCAACAUGCCUACCCAAGCACAGUUGCUAAAUUAG